AGAUUGUGCUUGUUUGGCGGGCGAAAAUGUUAUUUCGAUUAAAAUUGUUAACUCGUGGCUCACUUAGGCUUAAUUGAUUAAAACAGCAAUGAAUUAAACUAUAAAUUGAAAUGGCAUGCGCCCGUGUUUUCAUAUAGUCAUCAACGGCGUACACAAAUCUCAACGCAUGCGCCCAAUGGACAGGAUGUAGGACGACUGCUAUAUCGGCAUAGAAAAAUUGUGCGAUACCGACUAGCAGGAGCGUUCGAGCCGUAAUUCGUGCUUUUUGCUAUUCAGUGCUUUAUGUUACUUCACAGUGAUUUGGCGAAUACGUCUUCAAUCGGUUAGAUAUAUAAUUUUUCUUCGCAACCAACAAACGCGUCGUCGUGGUGUACCUGUUUACGUGUGUGUAUGUACAUAUGUGUGCAUCGUAUGCAUUUCUGUGUCGAGGUAGAAGUAAACUUAAAAAGCACACUGUGAAACCAUAGCAAAGUAAAAUAUAAAUGUUUAUACAAAAGUAAAUUCCAACAUUGCCAUCGAGCGUAUUUUUAGGGGUGACUAUGUUUAGUGCUGGCUUCUCCCCUGCCUCUGCACUCUGGCACUUAUGGUGGUGGCUCCUGAGCUCUGUCUUACACAUUCCUAUUUCUAGCAGUGCAAAAAAAAAAAAUGUAAAAAAAGCUAAGAAGCAGCAAUGCUCAGUUUUUACUUUGCUUCUGCGAAUAAAAAACGGAAGAAGAUGUCUAAGCUUAUAUACCCUCUGAAACUGGAACAAAAUCAACUUUUUAAUAGAUUAUAUAUGCAUAUAGAUUAAGUAAUAUGCAAUUAUAAAAUUAUAUAAAUAUUGACUACUGACUAUUGACUCUCCUUAUAAACUAUACGUUCUUCGUAACUAUGUCAUGCCUGCUGGAAUACUUAUCAGUAAAAGUACAAUUUAACGAGUUAUUUUAAUUAACUAGAGAACAAAGUGAACUGAAAACAAGUAAUAAUAAUAAUAACUGACCAACUCUAACGUACACUGUCUUCAAAGAUAACAAUUCGAAUUGAGCUCGAACACACAGUUGCAUUUUAAUAAGUUAUGAUACCCGCUGAAAAUUUUUGUUAUCCAGGGUAUCGCGCCGAAAAAUCAAUAGAGAAGUAAUCUUUCCUGCUGAUGAGCCGCACUUUCUGCGUCAUCAAUACGAAUAUACAAAUGGUAGAAUUUGCUAUGUCACAAAUUUUUAAUAUGAUCCCUCACGAAGUGAUGUUGUAUAUUAUUGAUGUGCUAACCAAAUAGCCACAAGCGAUUUCGGCGCUAUUGAAGUUAGGGACAGCGAUUUUGAAUAUAUACUCGUUGUUACCCACUAAUAUUUUCCCGAUACGCACUGUAGAGGUGUGGCAAAGCGUAAAAUUCUAUUUAUGGGACAACGUAAACGCUCUUCUUUAUAAAUGAUAGAGGAUUGUGAUUUGAAAUAAAUCACAUAAUAGUCAUAUAAAUUAUCUAAUAUUUUGACUACUAAAGUGUUAUCUAUUAUAUUUUCUAAUGUCUUAGAGCUACGAAAUUCGAUAGUUGAGUUGUACUGUCUCUCUAACGAUUGAUAGAAUAUUUCUCAUCGAUAUCCCCCCGCAACUCGAAUAUGAACGAAUAAUAUACAUCUGAUCUCUACUAUUGAUUUAUCAAAAUUCGCAUACAUAUAAAUGUGUAGUUGGGGGCGUGGAAAAUCGAACGACCGGAAUGCUCCAAUAUUUUAAAGCUCUAGCAUAAACAGAUUCACAAUUCAGAAAAUGCUAAUACUGUGAGAGGGUAUUAUGCAGAAGAUGGCAUUCGAGUGAGAUACUCUGACUUAUUUAAUUUAAAUUUCAGUGCUCUUUUAUCUAAUUAUUUCUCAAACGGUUAAAAAACAUUUAUAGACCGUAAAACAAACAUCAGAACCCAACGCGAAAUAAUGAAAAGUUAAGAAAUACAUAAAGACCGAACAAAAUUUAUGGAAAUGUAAUUUACAAUGCAAAUUGUGCUGCAUUUAAUUUUAACGUCAAUAUUGAAAAUUAUCAAAAGUAUACCCAAGCAGUAUAGUCGAGCUUAAUAAAUAAACAAACUCCUUAAGAUGAAAACUCGACUCGUUACGUUGACAUAUCGGGGUAGUGCGUCCGUCGAUCCGCGCUAUUCUGCUUCGAUGUUGCCAUGGACCAUAAACGAUAUUCGAUCCACAGAGAGUUACACAAAGCUGUCAGUUGGCAUUGAGCAUGGCAUACUGGAAUCAUACAACUCUGAUUUUGAGUUACAAUUUAGCCAUCCGCUAAAGCAUAUCGUUGGCAUGUGUCGCAUCAUUCACAAGCCGCAGGUGAAGAACAUCGGAAAUGGUUUCGUACAGCUCAAGUCAAAUACUAAUCAGGCUCCAGCUGCCAACUGUGGAGCUUCAGUUGGAAGCAUGUCAGCUGUUGCUGCUGGCUCAUCGGUCGCAAAUAGUUCGCGUACAUCGUUAACCACGUCAACUUCCUAUGGUUCACUCUCGUCGUCUUAUCAGCUGCAGCAACAGCAACAGCAACAGCAACAGCAGCUGCUGCAAGCGGCAGAUGCAGAGCCGCAGAACUUUAUGGAUUUCCAGGGACCCAUCACCGGGUUCGUCUACUUACUAAAGGAUCCGAAGGACCCGCUGCUGCACAUCUAUCUAUUCGAAUGCGAUACUGUUGAGGAGAUGGCAGAGCUGAUGCAUCAAAUGCGUGACCCGGCGCACACGCUUGGCGGCUCGGUGGGCAGCAUACCACAAACAUUGAUUGCUGGAGCUAGCGGCAGCGCCCAUGGUUCACUGAAUGGGAUACAUGCCACGCCGGCGACAAAUUUAAAGAUGAGCGAGGCGCUGCGUAGUGCCCAACACGAUGCUAGUCCCAAUCUAGUAAGCUCCCAAAUGAAAUCAUCAAAGUCCUACACUCAUGGGCUGAGCAACUCAUCGGGCACAGUAAACAUUCCCACAUCCACGUCGGCACAAAGUAAUCUAUCGCUGCUGGCGGACAUUUCGCCGAAUCACACACACUUCUUUGAGGUCAUGUAUGUGGGCAAGAUACGCGUCUCACAGAAGCGAGUCCCCAACACCUUUAUUGACGACGCCCUGCCCAAAUUUAAGGCAUACGAUGCGCAACGUUUGCGAAUCAUGCAAAAUCGCAAGAUGUCUCUGAAUAGUGAAGGUGGCGUUGGAAUUGAAGCUAAGAGUGGAGGCGGAACUUUAAAAAGCCACGAGCUGAAGGAGGAGGACGAGGAGGAGAUAGAAGCAUUGCCUAAGCCACAGGUCGAACUCCAGUUGACGGGCGCCGAAAUGGAUGCCAUAGCACAGCCAUUAGACUCCAACAAAGAGAAUAAAUCGCCAGCUAAACGCGCCUUGCAGCGCGGUCAUAGCCAACUGGAGCUGGGCCAAAAACAGGUUAUCCCCAAGAUGAGAGAUCGUUCUGCUUCGCAGGGUUGCAUACCACCCUAUGCUGAACAGAAUCGCACGAUGGUCUUCUUGGUGGGUCGCAGCGACUUGAGACUCAUUUCACCGGAUCGCAAGCAGGUGUUGCUCUACAAGGACUUCAAAGAUGUGGCCAGCUGUGUGCACGGCCAGAAAGCGGUGGAUCACUUCGGCAUCAUCUGCCGUGAGCUGAACAGCGAAGGCUACAUUGGCUAUGUGUUUAAGUGCCAGUCAGAGCACGUAUGUGAUGACAUCGUAGCCGCCAUUGCCCAAGCCUUUGAUACCUGCGCCGAGCAAAAAAAGAAACAUGAGACCCAGAUCUUCAGCUGCGAGCAUUGCCCAAUGCUCUGGUAUCAUAAGCUCUGCACCGAUGUGGAGGGGCUUUCCGAAAAGAAAACGCAGACCGCCAUUUGGCGUCACAUUGCCACGCUGAGCGCUGAUGAGUACGAUAUGGUUUGCGCCAAGUACUAUGGAUCUGAGAAGACAAACUGCUCUGUCUCUGAACAGAACCAGUUCCUCAUGAUGCUGUUACGGGCACAUUGCGAGUCGCGGCAGCAGCGACAUGUUCAUGAUACCGCUGAGAACCGAUCUGAAUUUCUUAAUCAGUAUUUGGGCGGCAGCACCAUCUUCAUGAAGGCGAAACGAUCGCUGACAAACUCAUUUGAUAACCUGCUCAAACGAAAACCCUCCAAGGACGACAUAUCCCUUCCAACACACAAUUUGCAUGAAAUACGUGAAGGAUCUGCAGAGCAACAGGGCACCGACGGCUCGCUCCCGGGCUUCAGAUCUCGAGCGAGCACUGUAGGCGCCAGCCCCAGCAAUAAACCAAGUGCUGAUCACCUUAAGAGCCCAAUGAUGGAUAUCUUCAUUAAAGUGGGUAACAGUCCUAAGGACGCUGAGACACAUCAGGGGUCAUGGCGACAGGCUAUACUGAACAGCGUAGUUACUCCGUCCAAGGCUUUGGAUAACGAGACGCCCACCGAAUUUCUGUCGCCCAUGCGCAAACCUGUAAAGCGUGGCAAACGCGAUGCAGCCGAGCUGCGAGAGCUGUGGCGCACGGCUAUUAGACAGACAAUUAUGCUGAACCGCAUGGAAACGGAGAAUGCCAUGCUGCAGGCACGCCAGAAUGAGAACGAGCUAAAGCGCAUCAAGCUUGACUAUGAGGAGAUUGUACCAUGCGACAAGCAGCUGAUCGAACGCUGGGAGCAAAUCAUUGAGCGGAACUCUAUGCAAAUUGGCAACAAAAAGGAUCCCAAAGUGCUGCGCCAUGCUAUACGUACAGGAGUGCCGCGGUCAAAGCGUGGUGACGUGUGGACGUUUUUGGCCGAACAGUAUUCGAUGAACAUGGCGCCAGUGGAUACGAAACGAUUUCCAAACUACAACACACCGUAUCAUACGCUGCUUAAACAGUUGACCGAACAUCAGCAUGCGAUAUUUAUUGACCUGGGGCGCACUUUUCCCAAUCAUCAAUUUUACAAGGAUCCGCUUGGGCUGGGUCAAUUGUCGCUGUUUAAUCUGCUGAAGGCAUACUCCAUACUCGAUCCAGAACUGGGAUACUGUCAAGGUCUCGGAUUUAUUUGUGGUGUGCUAUUGUUACAUUGCGAUGAAGCCAGCGCUUUUCAGUUGCUGAAGCACCUAAUGUUUUGUCGCAACAUGCGCACCAAAUACCUGCCAGAUAUGAAAAAGUUUCAGCUGCAGCUGUAUCAGCUGUCCCGUCUGGUCAAGGAUCAUCUUCCCGAUCUGUAUAUGUGGCUGGAUCAGAACGAUGUUUCGCCCACUUUAUAUGCAGCGCCGUGGAUUCUUACCGUAUUCAGUUCACAGUUUCCAUUGGGUUUUGUAGCGCGUGUUUUUGAUUUGGUUUUCCUUGAAUCCUCUGAUGUUAUUUUUAAGUUUGCUAUUGCGUUGCUCACUGUGCACAACGAACAGCUACUGGCACGCAAUAACUUUGAGGAGAUAAUGGAUUAUUUGAAAUCGAUGGUGCCUAAAAUUGAGGAGCACUGCAUGGAGCAAAUCAUAAAAAUUGUGUUUUCGCUGGACAUUGGCAAGCAGCUAGCGGAGUACAAUGUGGAGUACAACGUGUUGCAGGAGGAAAUAACUACAACAAACCAUCAUCUGGAUCUGUUGAAUAGAGAGAAGUCGCUAAAUCAGCAUCUUGAGCAGCAGCUGCAGUUCGCUCAAUCAUCCAUUGCACAGCUGGAGAUGACGCGUUCUUCACAGCAAACGCAAAUAUCGACACUGCAAACACAGGUGCAGUCGCUGGAACUGACAAUACAAACCCUCGGCCGAUACAUUGGGCAACUGGUGGAGUACAAUCCGGAAUUAGAAUUGCCCAGUGAGGUGAGACGAAUGCUGCAGCAACUAGAUGACCUGGAGCGACAGCGACGCAAGCCCAUCUUUGCCGAGCGUAAAAUUGGAAAAUCCGUUUCGGUCAAUAGCCACUUGGGGUUUCCACUAAAGGUGCUCGAAGAGCUGAGCGAAAAAGACGAACAUGGUUCGCCCCAAAAGCAGAAGAAGGAGAAGACACCUUUUUUUGAGCAACUGCGCCACCAGCAACAACAACUGCAGCAGCAGCGUAACACACACAGUAAUGGCCAUCCCGAAUUCCAUAAUAAUUCUGUCUCGCCAACACCACCAACGCGUCCCAAUCGGCUGCUGGACAAUACCAAUGCAAGAAGCGUGAUGCAAACGAAACUGGAUGAGUUAAAGCUGCCGGAACAUGUCGAUAAGUUUGUAGCUAAUAUGAAAAGUCCAUUAGAGGUGGACUCGGGUGUUGGCACACCACUGAGUCCACCCAGUACGGCAAGCAGCAACAGCACCAUUAGCAACAGCAGUGUUGGAAGCAUCUUUAGUCGCAUGGGGUAUAAGACCACGCCCACAGCGCUUUCGCCGUUAGCCACGCGGCAGAGCUAUGGUGGCGCCAUUGCAAUUACAACAGCUCCUACGGUGGCACCAGUCGAACAAAUCUUAACCACAACUGCUGCCAUGGGUGUGCAGGAUGGAAGGGAGCCUGAGCCGGGCAUGCAUCCACUUAGUAUGGUGGGCGGCGAUGUUAAUGUUCGUUUCAAGGGCACCACUCAGCUGAAGUCCAUACGGCCCAUACAUCAUAUGCGAGCGAUUACACUGGCAGGCGUGCCGCCGAGCAGCGCAGAUCCAACGGUGGAGCUUGAGAUACCAACAACAGGUCCAACAGCAGCGGCCACCGGUCGCAGUUAACGCUUCUGAUUGAUGGACAAAAUGCUGCGUGGCCU